CGUAAAUAGUAUUUAAUCAUCUCAUAAAAAUGUGAUUUUAAUGGAUAAAACUCUCAUUUUCGUUCUAAGAGUCAUAAAAUGGGAUUCCACAUGAAAUCAUCAUAAAUCAUUCAUUUUUGUUCAAGUAUUUGAGAAAAAGGGAAUAAAUCAUCAAGGGAUCAAGAUUCGGACUUGAACNAAAUCCUAAGAUUAGAACAGAAAAUCUUCUAUUUCGAUGAACUUUUAUUCGCUGAAGGCUCCUGGAAAAGGAGUUCGAAAGGAGAUUACACGAAGGAUCAGAAUUGAUGCAGAAAAUGCUGACGACUUCCAAAGAGAGAGACUAGAAGCCGAAGCUAAAGCCAAUAAAUUAGUCAAUGAUCUCUGUAAGGCUAUUGAGCUUAAACGCCCCCUCCAAUCUCAAGAUCCACAAUUGGAGGAAGUUAAUCUUCAAAAAGAGGCUCUAAAACCUAAGACCAACCCUGAACCAUCCAACCAUCAGGUGCCAGUUCUAGAAGAUUCACCAAGUUCUACACCAUCACAGAAACCCGAGAGCAUAACAACUCUUGCUAGGGCUACUGUGGUGAUGUUACCUGAAUACCCUCCUAGCCAAGUCUUAACCAGCAUAGUCGUACAUGAGGUGGAACCAACUGAGGGACCUGACUCAGAACCACCUACGCUCAUUCAAGAAAAGGAGGAGGAAGUUUUGCCUACGGCAAUAAACGACCAUCUCCUUAAUUAUGUUGAAGACACACCUCUAGAAGAACCUGUUCUGGAGGAAGUAGAGCCCAUUACCUGCCCCCAAGAUACCAAUGUCCAAGUGUUUGAGCAGGAAUCUAUAGACGAGGAAUUAUUUUGCAUGGAAAAGCCAACUCCGCUUAUAGAAACCUGUGUACAUAAUGCUUCAUCUGAAGAUUCAGACCAUACCUUCUUUGACUCCCUACUUGACGGGUGCGACUAUGUUUGCCCGAACGAUGGUUGGAGCCAAAAGAGUUGGGAUGAACUUCUGGUAAGUGACACUGAAGACGCAUCCAUGGGGGAAAGCAUGAUCAUAAUCAUUCAACCACAAAUGGAUAGUCAGCCUAUUGAAACCAAGGGAGAAGUUAGUCUUGCUAUAAAGGCCAGAGAUGUGGAUCGACUAAGGAGAAUUCCGCCAUCACCCACCUAUACAAAGUCUCCUCCAUAUAUCCUGUUGCCACCAAGCCGCAGGGAAGAAUCAAGGAUCCUGGACCUUGACCGAGCAAAAAUUCAAACAAGGAGCUUUGGAUAUUCUCCGUACCAAGAUUCUGAUGGGGAUAAUUAUUAUGAACCUCAUGGUGACCAAUAUGACUAUGACCAAUUUGGGCCUAUGUGCGACGAUCAACCUGAUCCACUCGUCGAAGAAAUCCUAAGAUUAGAACAGAAAAUCUUCUAUUUCGAUGAACUUUUAUUCGCUGAAGGCUCCUGGUAUGAACCACCCUACUCCCGUUACUACACUUUGUUUGCUGAAGAACAAAUUGAAGCAAACAAGGUGGCAAUUCGAGAAAGAGCAAAACUUCUUGAAUCAGUCUGGAAGGAAAAGGAGUUCGAAAGGAGAUUACACGAAGGAUCAGAAUUGAUGCAGAAAAUGCUGGACGACUUCCAAAGAGAGAGACUAGCUGGAUUGGAUAAUCUAUCCGUUGAAUAAUAGACUAUCCGUUGCAUUUGCUGGCUUCAAUUUUGAAUGAAGAUUGUGAUUUGAAGAUUCUUCGUUGAAGUGGGUGUUUGGACGUACCCAAUUGUUGAGAAGGGAUUCCUUUUUCCACAGAAUCCGUCUUCUAGCUGUUGUUCAAGGAUUCUGGACUGUAGCACUUUACUCUGUUUGUCUUCUAGUGCUUGUUUAGGAAUUCUGGACAGGUUCUUCAAUUUUUAGAGGUCCAGACUUUGUUUUUUGAGUCAUUUGUUCUUGAAUCAGCAUAAUUAUCUUCAAUCUAGCCGUUGAAAAUCAAGAGAUUGAUUUUUC